UAUUCUGUUUCUGCAAUGUAGCCAUUUUUUAUGGACUUUGGAGUUGACAUGUUAAAGCUGAACUGAACUGGAGCCUCUUGUUUGCUUGCUCUCGUUUGUAAACAAAAUUCUAAAUUUUGCUGCAAAAAGUUCCAAAGAAGCGGCAUGAUCAUUUGCCAGAGUCUCCGUGAGUUGAGUGGAGACUUGUAACAAAGAUUGACUGACAAAAACUAGAAGCUUUUUCCGAAACCCAAAAAAUGUUCAAGUCAUGGAGGAAAGACAAGGACAAGUUCAAAGCUGUUUUCAAAUUGCAGUUUCAGGCAACUCAGGUGCCACCGUUGAAAAAAUCAGCUGUGAUGAUUUCUUUGGUACCUGAAGAUGUUGGAAAAACAGCUUUUAAAAUGGAGAAAGUUGCAGUCCAAGAUGGAACUUGUUUGUGGGAAAGACCAAUCUAUGUAACGGUGAAACUCACAAGGGAUUCUAAAACAGGGAAAAUCCAUGAGAAAAUUUACCAUUUCGUUGUUUCAAGUGGAUCGUCAAAAUCAGAUUUCCUCGGUGAAGCUUCAAUUGAUCUUGCAGAUUUUGCAGCAGAAACUGAACCAUUAACUGUAUCUCUGCCGCUAAAGUUUGCGAAUUCUGGUGCAAUUUUGCAUCUGACAAUUGAGAAGAUUCAUGGAGCUACUGAUCUCAGAGCCAUUGAAGGAAAUGGAGAUAAUAUCCCUAGUUUGAAGAACCAAGAGAACAAUAUAGACGGAGUGCAACAAAAUUUUGAAGAAGAUAAGGACUUGAAUAUAAUGGCAUCCCAGAAUGACAACAAAAUCUGCAGCCUCAGAGCAUCCACUGGCUCUGCUAUUACAUUGGCAUCAAUCUGGGACAGCGAUUCAGAGCAGAAUAUUCAACUGGAUCCUGCAAGCAUCCAAUCACCUGUCAGACAAAACUCUAUGCCUCCUCGGGGAAUAGCCAAUGUCAUUUCAAGCAAAAAACACUCACACCGGAGAUCAAACACAGACUGGUCGGUUGGUUCAGUUUCGGAUGGAAGUUUAGUUGACUCUACAAACAGCCUAGAAGAUACCCUUCCAAGAGACUUGCAAGACGUUACAGAUGGUUCAGUUUCUCAUCUCAAAAGUGAAUUGGCUAUUAUGAUGAGGCAGGUAGAACUAUCAGAACUAGAAUUACAAACUCUUCGGAAACAGGUUGUGAAGGAGAACAAACGGAUGCAGGAUCAGUCGAAACAAAUUGCUGGCUUGAUUGAAGAAAGAGAGGAACUGAAAACAGAAUGUGAACAACUCAGAAGACAAAACUCUAUAGCUGAGACAGAAGUUGAAAGCGAGCUGCAAGCAGAGAAUGAUUAUUUAAGGGUUGCACAAGAAGAAAUUAGAGAAGAGCUCAAUCAUCAAAAGGAAAUUAAUGCCAAUUUUCGGUUGCAACUGCAGAAGACACAAGAUUCAAACACUGAGUUGAUUCUUGUGGUGAAAGAUCUCAAUGAAAUGUUGGAGCAGAAAAACAAGGAAAUAUCUGCUCUCUCCAGCAAGGUAGAUGAAACAAGUAAAUUUGAUGAAAACCUAUUAGAACUUGAAGCCAAGAUACAAAAUAAUGAAAAAGAGGCAGAAAUGCUGAAGCAAAAAAUCAUAGACCAAAGUGGUGAAAUAGAGUUUUACAGAAAACAUUCGGAGGAACUAGAGAUGCAUGCCAAAAAACUCACCAAGGACUGUGAUGCCCUAAAACAAGAAAAUCAGCAUCUUUCUUCAAAGUUAGAGGAAAACCAGCUGCAAGAAUCGAUGAAGACAAGUGAAUGCUUGGAGCUUUUGGCCACUGUUGAGGAACUUAAAUCACAAGUAGAGAGAUUGGAGGACAAAAUUAAACAGCAGUCACAAGAAUACUCAGAAUCUUUAAUAGCCAUUAAUGAACGUGAAAGACAGGUCAAGGAAUUUAAGCAAGAACUGGUGAAGCAGGCACAAGAAUUUGAAGACAAUCUGGAUGUUGUGUCAUGUGCCAAAACAGAGCAGGAACAGAGGGCUAUUCGAGCAGAGGAGGCCCUGAAAAAGACCAGGUGGAAAAAUGCUGUUACAGCUGAGCGGCUGCAGGAAGAAUUCAAAAGACUUUCUGUGGAAAUGGCAUCUAAAAUUGAUGACAGUGAGAAGGUGGCCACAAAAGCAAUGACAGAAUCAAAUGAACUGCUCAUGCAGAAAAAAAUCCUGGAAGAAAUGCUGCAGAAAGCCAAAGACGAGCUUGGUUUAAUUAAGAAUCAGAAUGGAGAGCUCUCCAGGCAAAUAGAGCAAAUGUCUUUGGAAAUAAAUCAUAAGUCUGACCAGCAAGAAGCUUCCUCAAUGGAGAUUCAAACACUAAGGACUGAGAUAGAGAACCUUAAAAGGGAGAAGCAUAAGUCCUCUGAUGCAGAAAAAAACACAAAGCUGAGAGGUGAUGUGGAACAGCAAUUGUCAGUGGGUGAAACUGAUAUUCUGAUACGAAGAUGGAAUAAAGAAAAGGAUGAUUUGGAGAAGAAAUUUGCUUUAGCAAAGAAGGAAGCAGAAAAAGCACAUAAAGAGUUCAUUUUGAUGAAGUCCUUGAAGGAUGAAAAGGAGAUGAUGAUAGGAAAUUUGCAGUCAGAAGUCAAGACUCUAAGAGUCCAGCAAAGUGAACUCAAAAGUAGCUUGACUGGGGAAGAACUUGAGAAAGAUAACCUGAGAAAACAGGUUAUUCAGUUGAAGAAUGAGCUACAGAAGAAGGAAGAGCGAAUAACCAGUAUAGAGAAAAAAUUCAAGAACUACAGCAAUCAAGCUUCAAUUUCAGACAUGCAAAUUAUAUCAAGUUUGAAAGCAAGAUUGGGAUUUCAUAAGGACCAAUCGACAUGGAAGGAAGCAGCAACGGAAACUCCAGGGAAUCCAGCUCUGCUAAAAGAAAACAAUCUCAAUAUCAUGAUUAAAGAACUAGUAAGCAUCAUGGAACAGGUUGACGUACCACCAUUUGAUGGGUACAAGUAUUCAAUUAGGAAGGACGAGAUGUGCUCUAAGAAAGGGCUGAAAUCGCCCACUUCCCAUUCCAGAGAUGCAGAGAAGACUGAACUGUUAACUCAAGUGACAAUACUGAAGGAAAAAAAUAAAUGUAUAGAAACGGAGCUGAAAGAAAUGCAAGAGAGAUAUUCAGAAAUAAGUCUCAAAUUUGCUGAGGUGGAAGGUGAAAGGCAAGAACUUGUAAUGACUGUAAGAAAUCUCAAGAAUGGUAAGAAGAACUAGAAUUUGCAAACUUGCAAGAACUGAAAUUUGAAAAUUUUCCAUCAAUGGAGCGGCAUAAUUCUUUAUGCAGUUUUUCUUGGUAA